AGUGCUCCCAAGGAAAUGAAUAAACCACCAACCAACAUCUUGGAGGCAACGGUGCCGGGCCACCGGGAUAGCCCUCGAGCACCUAGGACCAGCCCUGAGCAGGAUCUUCCUGCCGCAGCCCCCGCGGCCGCUGUCCAGCCGCCACGUGUGCCCAGGUCGGCUUCCACCGGCGCCCAAACUUUCCAGUCUGCGGAUGCGAGAGCCUGUGAGGCACAGCGGCCUGGAGUAGGGUUUUGUAAACUUAGCAGCCCCCAGGCACAAGCGACCUCCGCGGCCCUCCGGGACUUAAGCGAAGGGCACAGCGCACAGGCCAAUCCCCCUUCCGGGGCCGCUGGGGCUGGCAACGCUUUACACUGCAAGAUUCCAGCUCUGCGUGGCCCGGAGGAGGACGAGAACGUGAGUGUGGGCAAGGGCACGCUGGAGCACAACAAUACCCCAGCCGUGGGCUGGGUGAAUAUGAGCCAGAGCACAGUGGUGUUGGGUACCGAUGGAAUCGCGUCGGUGCUCCCGGGCAGCGUGGCCACCACUACCAUUCCGGAGGACGAGCAAGGGGAUGAGAAUAAGGCCAGAGGGAACUGGUCCAGCAAACUGGACUUCAUCCUGUCCAUGGUGGGGUACGCAGUGGGGCUGGGCAAUGUUUGGAGGUUUCCCUACCUGGCCUUCCAGAACGGGGGAGGUGCUUUCCUCAUCCCUUACUUGAUGAUGCUGGCACUGGCUGGCUUACCUAUCUUCUUCCUAGAGGUGUCCCUGGGCCAGUUUGCCAGCCAGGGUCCUGUGUCUGUGUGGAAGGCCAUCCCAGCUCUGCAGGGCUGUGGUAUCGCGAUGCUCAUCAUCUCCGUCCUCAUAGCCAUCUACUACAACGUCAUCAUCUGCUACACGCUCUUCUACCUGUUUGCUUCUUUUGUGUCUGUGCUGCCCUGGGGAUCCUGCAACAACCCGUGGAACACACCAGAAUGCAAAGACAAAACCAAACUUUUACUAGAUUCCUGUGUUAUCGGUGACCAUCCCAAGAUACAGAUCAAGAACUCUACUUUCUGCAUGACUGCCUAUCCGAACUUGACCAUGGUUAACUUCACCAGCCAGGCCAAUAAGACAUUUGUCAGCGGGAGCGAAGAGUACUUCAAGUACUUUGUGCUGAAGAUUUCUGCAGGGAUUGAAUAUCCUGGUGAGAUCAGGUGGCCCUUGGCCUUCUGCCUUUUCCUGGCCUGGGUGAUUGUAUACGCAUCGCUGGCAAAAGGAAUUAAGACAUCAGGAAAAGUGGUGUACUUCACAGCCACCUUCCCUUAUGUCGUCCUGGUCAUCCUCCUCAUUCGAGGGGUCACCCUGCCUGGAGCUGGAGCCGGUAUCUGGUACUUCAUCACACCUAAGUGGGAGAAACUCACAGAUGCCACGGUGUGGAAGGAUGCAGCCACUCAGAUUUUCUUCUCCCUGUCUGCGGCCUGGGGAGGGCUCAUCACUCUUUCUUCUUACAACAAAUUCCAUAACAACUGCUACAGGGACACGUUAAUUGUAACCUGCACCAACAGUGCCACUAGUAUCUUUGCUGGGUUCGUCAUCUUCUCUGUCAUCGGCUUCAUGGCCAACGAGCGCAAAGUCAACAUUGAGAAUGUGGCUGACCAAGGGCCAGGCAUUGCAUUUGUGGUUUACCCGGAAGCCUUAACCAGGCUGCCUCUCUCUCCAUUCUGGGCCAUCAUCUUUUUCCUGAUGCUUCUCACGCUUGGACUUGACACCAUGUUUGCCACCAUCGAGACCAUUGUCACCUCCAUCUCGGAUGAGUUUCCCAAGUAUCUGCGCACACACAAGCCUGUGUUCACCCUGGGCUGCUGCAUCUGCUUCUUCAUUAUGGGCUUCCCAAUGAUCACCCAGGGUGGAAUCUACAUGUUUCAGCUUGUGGACACCUAUGCUGCCUCCUAUGCUCUUGUCAUCAUUGCCAUAUUUGAGCUUGUUGGCAUCUCCUAUGUGUACGGCUUGCAGAGGUUCUGUGAAGACAUCGAGAUGAUGAUUGGAUUCCAGCCCAACAUUUUCUGGAAGGUCUGCUGGGCGCACCUUUCUCUUCUCUUCCAGUUUAUCCUUUGCUUCAGCUUCUAUCAGUGGGAGCCCAUGACCUACGGCUCCUACCGCUACCCUAACUGGUCCAUGGUGCUUGGAUGGCUGAUGCUCGCCUGCUCUGUGAUCUGGAUCCCGAUUAUGUUCGUGAUAAAAAUGUAUCUGGCUCCUGGGAGAUUUAUUGAGAGGCUGAAGUUGGUAUGCUCGCCACAGCCGGACUGGGGCCCAUUCUUAGCUCAGCACCGCGGGGAACGCUACAAGAAUAUGAUCGACCCCUUGGGAACCUCGUCCCUGGGACUCAAGCUGCCAGUGAAGGAUUUGGAACUGGGCACCCAGUGCUAGUCCAGUAGCGUGGAUGGUCCCGUAUUAAUCCUGGGCUUCCUCUCUGCCUCCCCUCCACACUUUCCCCAGUUUUAUUCCCAGUUUUCUUCUUUCUCCCCACACCUCGGUUCACAGCUGUGCAUGAGAGUGUUCCAUAGAAAAGUAGGACCUAACGUAGCAUGCCGUAGUGAGAGCCACACAGACCGCUGACAGCGCCGUCUGUGUCUGUGCUCUCAGUUUCUGGAAGGAUUGGUCCCCUGCUCAGGUUUCUUCCUUCAUCCUGCAGGGGUGGGUUAGUCAGGUGAAUGCUGGCAGGUACAUGGUUUGACGGUAGAGAAAUCGCGUCGUGUGUUCUCAUUGCCGGAAGUUGUAGGGUGCGGGGGAGAACGCGGACUUUCAGGGCUGUUGAUUGGACUCAUCGGCACCGUCCAACUGAGCUGGACGACGCAGUGAUCUCACGCAGAAGCUGAAA